AUGGUGCCUCAGCCGCCACCCUCCCCCCGACCACGAGAGGAACAACCAGAAGUUCAGCAGAAGAUUGGGGUGGACAAACGAGAGUGUUGCCUGCUGGAGAUCAGACAGACAGAAGAGAAAUACUCGGAUACACUGCAAUCUAUAUUACAGCACUUUAUGAAGCCUCUUCAAAAGUUUCUCCAGGAGCAAGACAUUGAGAGUAUCUUCAUCAACAUAGAGGAGUUGGCCAACACUCAUCGUACAAUGUUGGCAGAGGUCCGGAGCUCCAUCCUAGAUUAUGGAGCCAAGAACCUGUACCAGGUGUUUCUGAGCUACAAGGAAAGGCUAUUACUGUACGGUCAUUACUGUAGUCAGGUGGAAACUGCAACAAAAACCCUGGAUAAGCUUUCGACUACAAGAGAGGACAUCAGAAUGAAACUGGAGGAGUGUUCAAACAGAGCAAAUAGUCGACGGUUUUCUCUCAGAGAUUUACUCAUGGUCCCUAUGCAGAGGGUCCUCAAAUAUCACCUGCUGUUACAGGAGCUGCUGAAGCACACCACUGACGCUGCAGAUAAGGAGAACCUCCGCACAGCUCUUGAUGCCAUGAGAGACUUGGCGCAGUGUGUGAACGAGGUGAAGCGAGACAAUGAGAUCAUCCGACAGAUAACAACUUUCCAGUUGUCGAUAGAAAACAUGACUCAGUCUCUAGCUCUCUAUGGUCGCCCUAAGAUCGACGGAGAGCUGAAGAUCUGCAGUCCUGAGAAAAAGUCUAAACAGGACAGGUAUGCAUUCCUCUUCGACAAGGCCAUGUUCAUCUGUAAGAAGAAGGGCGGAGAGACGUUUGAGCUAAAGGAGAUCGUUGAACUACAGCACUACCAGAUACGAGACGAAGCGGCAGGAGAAAAGGACAACAAGAAGUGGUCCUAUGUGUUCCUCCUGCUGGACUGCUACGGGAAGUGUGGAUACGACUUGUUCUUCAAAACCAGAGAACUGAAGAAGAAAUGGCUGGAGCAGUUUGAGAUGGCUCACAAAACCCUGGACAGGCUCCAGUACAUCCAGAACUCAGCUGCCAGGGUUCUCACACGCACCAAGCGCUGGCAGCACAUCACCCCCACUCUCUUCAACCUCCACUGGCUACCGGUCAAGUUCUGCAUCACCUACAAACUCCUCCUCAUCACCUACAAGUCCCUCCAUGCCCUCUCGCCUCAGUACCUCACAGAUCUCCUCCACCCUUACAUCCCAUCCCGCACCCUUCGAUCCUCAGACUCUCCAUUCCCCAUUCACGCCUCCGCACCUUCGGAGACCGUGCCUUCAGUGUAG